AUGGCUACUCCUGAUCAAAGCUUCAACUUGGGCACGGUGGAUCCGCUAGAACUCCUGGACAACCUCACGGACACCAUUGAGGAUCAAGACGAACUCACAGGGAGUGAUAUUGGAGACUUGGUCGACUUCCUUGAUCCUUUGUUUGAUAACUUUCUCGACAAGCUCGGGAAUUACCCCGAUCCACUGAACAAAAGCCAGGACUUUCUGACCAACUUUACUCGAACCAUGGAUGAAGUCCUCAUCUCCUUCAAAGGCUGGCUCGAGAUAACACCGGAUAAUAUCGACGAUGACUACUACUCCUAUGUCGGAGUGGUCUACCACGUCCAGGAUCUAAAUGAACUGCUACCGGGACACGAAAAUUCAUUUGGGGAACAUAAAGUUGCGAACUCCAAGCUGCUUAGCUUCUCAUUGAGAAUCAAUGAGACGGUAUACCUCACCGAUCCAGCCACUUUGACAUUUCGGAAUGCCCGUUCGCCACAAAGUCCAUGGUACAAGGAUAUUUGGCGAAACCUUCAUGAAGGAGAGAAGCCAUCCUUCAUUCGUCAGACUCAUAAAUGCGCCUUUUGGAACUUCAAUGAAACAGGCUACUGGGAUGAUGAGGGUCUCCAAGAAGUAUCUUCAGAUGAUGAUGACACAAUAUGCCGAACGAAGCACUUCACCAAUUUUGUUGUGCUGAUGAGUGUACAUGGCUACGUGGGUCGUGGUUGGAUUUUGGAACUGCUUACGAUGACGUUGCUGCCCAGUUCCAUCAUCUGCCUCGCAGUGGCGAUCUUCAUCUUUCAGAAGAGCAAGUAA